AUGGUCGACCAGGCAACGCUAGACAAGCUGGAUGCGGGCUUCAAAAAGCUCCAGGAUGCUAAGGACUGCAAGUCGCUGCUCAGGAAGUACCUCACCAAAGAUGUAGAUGCCUUCGAAAAUCUCAAGACUCGCAAGACCGCCAUGGAAGCCAGCUUGCUCGACAUCAUACAGUCCGGCGUAGAAAAAGUCGACAGCGGCGUCGACCUGUGCACCACGGAUGCCGAAUCGUACACGCUGUUCGCCGACCUGUUCAACCCGGUGAUCGAAAACUACCACGGCGGCUUCAAGGCUACCGACAAGCACCGGCCCACGUACUUCAGAAACCUCAACACCCCAGUCAACGUGGACCCUGACGACCAGUUUGUCAUCUCCACCCGCGUGCGCUAG